AUGGGUUGUGUUCCAUCUAUUCAGUAUAACAAGUCUGAAGAUACCAUGAUAUGCAAGGACCUGCCUAAACUGACAUUCCUUCCUCAGCCGAGUUGCAUCUUCCUUGAUCUUGAAACUGACAAUGACAUGAAAGGUCAAGUUGCCAUCGAUCACAUCUUUUUGAAUACCAGGUAAGUUGUUUAUCCUAUUUGAUGAAUUUUUGUUUUGGUCAAAAGUUACGUAGAAUUUACCUUAUUGAAUGUUCUAAACACUUUUUGACCAAACUGCAAACUUAUUUGUGAAAUUAUGUUUUAAGUUUAAAAUUAUUAUAGAAUAGAAAGGCUUUAAAUAAUUUUUAUUUUCAGAGACGUGUAUGGUCAACCUUCAGCCGACUUACAAGUACAACAACACAUUGACUGGGAGGGGCAGUACAACAUCGUGUUCGAAGGCCGGCCUUCCCCAUACGACUUCCCUGCCUUUGCUGAUGACAAGGAUAAGCAGAAAAAAAAGAGACCUAGUGGAUGA